UCCUCGAUAUCCGGAAAGCCCCGGGGCAAAUAGCAAGUUCGUACGAUUUGCUUGGAUCCACCUCACUCCUGAGCAGCGGUGUUUCUACCUAGCGGGGAAACUAUGGGGUUUGAAAAGAGGCCUUUGUGGGCGUUUGAGAAGGACGCCGGAUCUAAGGAUACCUAGCUAGGUGACCAGCAAUAACAGCAAACACCGAGAAAAGAGCAGGGAACCCUUCUCCCACCUCCCAGCGUCAUGCUGCUAUUCACAAGCGGCUAUCAAAUCCAACCCAGCUUUCCUAACCCUAACUUUAAUUCCAUCCUGAGCCCCUAAUGAUAGCAGCUCCUUUCUACAUGUUUUCUUACAUCUUCAUGUACCUGCAUGAAACAGCGGAAUACUGAGGAGGCGGGAGAAAGGCAGUGGCGCUAGAGCGUACGAGAGAGAAAAAGAAGAAGAAAAAAUGAGGAAAAAAGACACAGAGUCAGCGGAAGGGAUUUGUGUCGGUCUUUUCCUCAGGGGAUUCAAAGGUGCAUUUUCAAUAUGGACCAAUCAAAAAACUGACGAAUCGGCACAGGAUUGCCUCUGGACGGGUUGUGAUUGGAUAGGUAGACACAACGUACCCGUUUUUAACGGGACCAGGGGUUCCACAGCCAACGCCGUACGACCCCCCCUGAAAUGACACCCCUACUCACCACCCACCGCCCAGAACUCGUUGGAACUCGGGGUUCCCAAGGCCGCCGCCCACCACUCUGCAUGCUGCAUCUGCGCCGGCCGCCCCGCCAUCGCAGACGCGACCCCAGUUCGACUCGGCCCAGGCGCACGUACUUCGUACACGGUACUAGGUACACCUACCUACCCUGGGCCUAGUUUGGUGUCAUGGCGACUCCCGAGUCUUCACCGGAGUCACACUAAAAAGUAGAGGACAGUCCGGGAAUCUGCUCUGGUUUCUUGUCCUCCGACGUUUCUCCUUCACAUCCUCACCUACCGCCAAACUUCCACCCUUCCUUCUCUCUCCUGUAACCUGUAACCUGCAGAACCUUUCGUCCGUCGAUCCAGGUCGACCGCUCUCUCCGUCAAUUGACCUUUGUCCCAUGCCCCGCGCUGACGUUUUUCGCCGUCAACGCUGACUUCGCAACUCCACGUUACGCUUGAAUCGCCACACCAAACCCGCCCACAACACUGAGUUGCACCGCCUCUUCCGAACGCCUCUCAACUCGAAAGUCGCUCGAAAUCUUGCCCGCUCGUCACCAUGGAGGCUGCCCUGCGUCAAUCCAAGGCCAUGUGCCCCUUCUUGAAGUCGGCCUCGCCCGCCAAGCUCCGCGCGCUGUCCACCUCGGCUCGUCCGCAUGCCAUUCAGGCGGCGCCCCAGACGGCUGUCUCUCCUUGCGGUGGCACCAUGUCCAAGUUGCAGCUGCUCGCCCAUCGCUGCCCCGUCAUGGGCAAGGCUCUGACUGUGCAGUCGGCCCAGUACGGCCACGGCCGCCCGGCGGCCAAGGUUGGAAACUCGUCUGUCGCCGGCAUUCGCGCGCUGAGCACCAACUCCAAGCCCGGCCGCGCCAACAUCCACACGAGCCGCAGCAACGAUGCUCGGGCUGUUGAUGCCCCCUUCGUCAACGGACGGGAUGGUGUCCAAAUCCCUCCCACUAUGCCGGCCGCUCGCCAGAACGCCGCUCCCGGCGUGGGCAUGAGCAAUUCCGACGCUUCCAAGGCCAAGUUCAACUACGAGGCCUACUACUCCGCGGAGCUGGAAAAAAAGCACAAAGACAAGUCGUACCGCUACUUCAACAACAUCAACCGUCUUGCCAAGGAAUUCCCCCGCGCCCAUAUGGCUGAGAAGGGAGAGAAGGUGACUGUCUGGUGCGCCAACGACUACCUUGGAAUGGGCCGCAAUCAGAAGGUUCUGAAGACGAUGCAUGAGACCCUGGACGAGUAUGGCGCUGGCGCUGGCGGUACGAGGAACAUUUCUGGCCACAACAAGCAUGCCGUUGAGUUGGAGGGAACCAUUGCCAAACUCCACGCCAAGGACGCCGCUCUCGUCUUCAGCUCCUGCUACGUUGCAAACGACGCCACUCUGGCAACACUUGGUAGCAAGAUGCCCGAGUGCGUGAUUCUGUCUGACAGCCUGAACCAUGCGUCCAUGAUCCAGGGCAUCCGUCACUCUGGUACGAAGAAGAUUGUGUUCAAGCACAACGAUGUUGCGGAUCUCGAGGCGAAGCUGGCGUCACUGCCCCUUCAUGUCCCCAAGAUCAUUGCCUUCGAGUCGGUGUACAGCAUGUGUGGCUCCAUUGGCCCCAUCGAGGCCAUUUGCGAUUUGGCGGAGAAGUACGGCGCAAUCACCUUCCUUGACGAAGUCCAUGCUGUCGGCAUGUACGGCCCGCACGGCGCCGGUGUCGCGGAGCAUCUGGAUUUUGAAGCGCACCAGCAGGGCCGCCCGAAGGGCAGCAUCAUGGAUCGCAUCGACAUCAUCACCGGCACCCUUGGCAAGGCUUACGGAUGUGUUGGCGGCUACAUUGCCGGCAGUGCCAAGUUCAUUGACAUGAUUCGCUCCCUCGCCCCCGGCUUCAUCUUCACCACUUCUCUGCCGCCUGCGACCAUGGCUGGCGCAAAGGCGGCCAUCGAGUACCAGAUGGAGUACGACGGUGACCGUCGUCUCCAACAGCUCCACACUCGCGCGGUGAAGGAGGCCCUGAACGACCGCGACAUCCCCGUCAUCCCCAAUCCUUCCCACAUCAUCCCCAUCCUGGUUGGCAAUGCCGAGCUUGCCAAGCAGGCGUCUGAUAUGUUGCUUCAGGAUUACCAAAUCUACGUGCAGUCUAUCAACUACCCCACUGUCCCCGUCGGGCAGGAGAGACUGCGGGUCACGCCUACCCCCGGUCAUAAGAAGGAGUACCGCGACCAGCUUGUCGAGGCACUCGACGAGAUCUGGACUAAGCUUGGCAUCAAGCGCACCUCGGAGUGGGCUGCUGAGGGCGGCUUCAUCGGCGUCGGAGAGGCUGACGCCGCUCUCGAGGAGCCCCUGUGGACCGACAACCAGCUUGGCAUUGAGCAGGCUGCGAAGGAGAUCAAGGCCGCGGGCAACAUCAGCAAUGGCUUCGUCGAGGCGCUGCUGGAGCGUGAGGCCAAGGCGGCUGGCCAGGCCGUGAGCUCCGCUAUCUGAUUCCGUUCUACUGCUGGUCAAUCUUUGACAUGGCACGUCUUUGAUCGUUGAUAUCUCGGGAGGGGAGCUCAGCGGACCGUAACCACGUUCUUUGGACCGAUCAACGUUGAUUUGAUUUUAACUCGCGCCCGUGGCCUAUUGUUCUCUUUCGAUUUGAGACUUGCGAAACUACAUGGUAGCUAGCUGGUCUCAGUGUUGGUCGCAACACCAAUAGUUUAACAAUGUGAACUGUCAUCUACUGGCAAAUUAUUUCACCA